UCUGCUGCUUCUUCUUCUCAGACAAUCAAUUUCUUCAAUCAAAACUCUACAUACCAAUUAACCAACCAGUGAUCCUCCAUUUGAAGCUCAAGCCCUGCAAAAAAAAAAUGCAUAACCUUAAACGCAUAGCAGCGUCCACCUCAAUUACAAACCAAUUUCAGAGACUCUCUUCCACAAUCCUAAAGCACCAUUCCAGAGAUUUCUCCACCAAACCGUCUUCUUCGUCCGCCGGCCGUAACUCGAAAAAUUCCGACGACCAAUGGAACGACUCGUGGGAGAUGGCUUGGCUGCCGGAGGACCUCUCGCCGAAGCACCGGGCUCCCUGGGAGACCGACGUGAAUUUCCCGUCCUCGGACUCUGGGGUCGUUCUUUCGUCCGAGGUGGACGCGGAGACCAAGGCGUUCGUGGAGGACAUGAAUGAGAAUUGGAAUCAGAGGAGAGGGUCCAAGGCCAAACAGCAAGAUAAGCAACAGAGUGAGAGUAAUAGUCGUAGUAGUAGCAGUAACGGUUCGCUUUAUAGCUUGGAGAACAUGAAGAAGGAUUAUAGGUUGAAGAAGCAGAGGAUUCACGCCGGGUUGUGGAUGAAGGAGAUCGAGAAGCAGGAGGAGGCCAAGUUGGGGGAUUCCAUCGCCGGCGGUGGCGACGAUAUCGAGAUGUUGCUCGAUAGCUGCUCCGAGAUUUUCGACACUUCCAACGAUGAUUUGAACAACUCAAAGAUCCCUAGCUCUUCUGAGUUCAAAAACAAGCCUGACGGUUGGGAAACAACAGCCAAGGCUCAAGAUGGAAACAUAUGGGAGAUGUCACAGAGGGAAGAAGAUAUUCUCCUUCAAGAAUUUGAUCGUCGAAUUGCAUACAGCAAAUUUCAGAUAGCUAGUUUUAUCAAGACUCACAUAUUUAGCCGAAGAAGACCAAUUGAUGGGUGGAAAUACAUGAUAGAGGAGCUGGGACCAAAUGCCAAGAAAGGAAAGGGUAGUGUUUCUAGGUUACCCACUCUAUCUGAUGCAUCAACCCAACCCUUUAAGGAGGAGAAGACUCCACUUGACAGCAGGCUGACCCCUCUAAAGCGUAGGUAGCUUGGACCCCCUUUGAAUAUUCUCUUUUGCAUUUUAGCGAUCGUCCAGAUUGAAACUAUUUAUCCCUUCUAUAUCAAUUCUAGGGAUUUUUUGCUCUCUCCGUGUGUAUGAUAGUGCUAUCUUGUAGAGUUGAUAUUCUUAAUGCUGGAAGCUAGCUAAAAGAGUGUGUAUGUAUUCCCUCUGGAUCUGCAGUUCCUACUGCUGAAUAGUACUUUUUCAUCAUUUUAUUUAUUCAUAUAGCUUCAGUAUA